GAAUCACACGCGAUGGAGAGGGCGGAACGCCUCCUCGGCAGCGUGGAGGCGCCGCCGGUCCACGGGGCCGGCACGGACCUUCCGGACCUCGCCGAGUAUGAUGUCUUCUGGUCCUCGACCGACGGCGGCGGCCAUGACGACACCGGCUGGCGACGAACCGAGAUGGCCCCGCGGGCGGCUCGCCCCUGGGUCGAUCGGCCCGGGGGUGGGCUCUCUCUCGCCCUCGAGGACGGGUGCGCUCCCCGGCGGACCGUGGCGGCCUCGGCGCCGAUGGAGGUGCCGGUCUGGCCCAGCUUCCUCCGGGUCGAGCCGGAGGGACCCGUGGGGUGGCUCGGCCGGGAGGAGGAGGAGGAAGAGGGUGGGUGGGUGCCGCCGCACGAGUACUUGGCGAGGGAGAAGGGGAGGAGCGUGGCGACGUCGGUGCUCGAAGGUGUGGGCCGGACGCUCAAGGGCCGGGACAUGAGCAGGGUUCGGGACGCGGUCUGGAGUCGGACCGGAUUCUUCGGUUGAAAUCGGAACCACCUCCCCCCGGCAAUCUGCAUCGCUUCUUCUCGUGCGCAGUGUUAUUCUCACGGCAAACUAAAAACACAUCAUUUGAUUCUGUAGCAUUCUGUCCUAAUGAUUUGGUCUGUGUGGAGUUCAACAACAUCACUUGCUUGGCACUGAGCUCGUUGCUCAAUUAAUAAUCUUUAGCCAUUGUUGGUGAAGUCAAAUAGUGGUCAUGUCAUCCUUGUUCGAAAUAAUAUAUACUUCAUACUAGCA